CACAACAUUUCUCCUAAAUCGAGCUUAAUAGCUUUAAAGUUUCCUAACCAAUCCAUAUAAAUAUACAAUUAACAACUACAUUAAGAAGUUAUGACUAGUCAAUACAAUGAUCGAUUUUUUAUAGGAGAAAAUAUGUGAUUAAUUCAUUGAUAUUAAUACUAUAAUUUAUCUUAGGUCAACAACCAACCAAGCAGCCAAAAAAAUGCAGGAAGAUGUAGAAGUUGAGAAUUAAAAGAUCACCAUGAAUACAUCUUCUCAACCUCUUCCAAUGUUUUCGGGUUUUCCUCCUACCGAGCCUUUAAUAGCAUCGUUGAUCACGAUAUCCAACGAGAUUUCCUCAAUCACUAAAAACCCACCUGUACAAAUCAAAAACAUCACAGCCAUGACUCGAAGAAUCAAACUUCUUUCUCCUCUGUUUACUGAGGCUCAUGAGAUAAAAACGCCGCUUCUUCCAUCAACAAUCCUUUGUUUUACUGAGCUUUUAUCUUUGUUGUCGAGAGUUAAACUUCUAAUCCAAGGUUGUAUAGAGGGUAGUUACCUGUGGAGCCUUAUUCAAACCGAAACCCUUUCAAAGGAAUUUAACACAAUUUUAAAGGAAAUCGGUAAGGCUCUUGAAAUAUUACCUCUGCAAUCAUUGAACAUAGAAAUGGAUGUUAAAGAACAAGUGGAACUUUUGCACAAACAGGUAAAACGAGCUAAUUUAUUACUCGAUCCAAAAGAGUUGAUACGAAGAACAGAAGUUUUGCGUAUAAUAGCGAAUACCAAAGAAAAUAAUGAUAAAAACUUUAAUUUUCUUGAUGUUGGAAGAACAAGAGAAAUAUUUAGUACAAUUGGCUUGAAAAGUUCAGUUGACUAUGCUAAGGAAAUCUCAAAGCUGAAGGCAGAAGCAGUAAGUCAGGGCGGUACAGGUGGGCCCAUAGUAGUUUCUAGAAUUAAUAGUCUUGUAUGUUUACUUACAUAUGUAAGGUCUAUGAUUUUCAGUUAUGAAGAGAGUGAGAUCAUUCUCGAACCGUCGAAGAAGAAAAUUGGUUCUUCGUCUUUUCGAGCCAUACUGUCGGAUGUUCCUGAUGGAUUCCGGUGCCCAAUUUCACAAGAGAUAAUGAAAGAGCCUGUAACUGUGGCGACAGGACAUACAUAUGAUCGAGACUCGAUUACAAAGUGGGUUGAUUCGGGGCGCAAAACUUGUCCGAAAAGUGGGUAUAAGUUGACUCAUUUUGCACUAAUACCCAACUAUAAUCUAAAGAGUUUGAUCCAUCAAUGGCACCAGGAGAACAAUAUCCAUUUCGAUGAAUACACGUGGUCUUCCUCAGAGGCGUUUAAAAACAGAAUGGGGAAUCCGGGUAGUAAUGCUGUCCGAUGGACAUCCGAGUUUUUAGUAGGGAAACUUGCAACCGCGUCUUCAGAAUUACAAUGUAGAGCAGCCUAUGAGACUCGAUUGUUAGCUAAAAGCAGUAUGGAUAAUAGAAAAACGAUGGCAGAGGUUGGUGCGAUACCAUUUCUGUUGAAUUUAUUAAGUUCUGAACAUGCAGCAACGCAGGAAAAUGCUAUGACUGCACUGCUGAACCUGUCGAUCCACAGCACGAACAAAAUUUUGAUUAUGGAAGCUUCGGGACUUUUAAAGAUAAUAGAAGUCUUAGAAAGCGGGAAAACGAUGGAAGCUAGAGAAAAUGCAGCUGCAACAAUCGGAAGUUUGACACUCGUCGAUGAUUACAAGGCCAGUAUUGGAGCACAUCCAAGAGUUAUACGAGCUUUGUUACGUCUAUUGAAAGAAGGAGCAACGACAGGAAAAAGAGAUGCUGUUACCGCGCUAACUAAUCUUGCACUUUACUACCCGAAUCAGACCACACUUGUACGUGAAGGCGUUAUACCUUUGCUAAAUGACACACUAUUUGAUGAUAAGGCGGGAAUUACAGACGAUGCCUUGGCACUGCUUGUAUUUCUCUCGGGAUCUUCUGAAGGAUCGGAGGAGAUCAGCAGAAACAAGAGUAAACAUCUCAUGCCCUUUUUGAUUGAUCUCUUGAGGUUCGGAUCCUCAAAGGGUAAAGAGAAUUCAGUCAUACUUCUUUUGGCUUUGAGUAAAGAUGGAGUUGAAGUUGUCAGACAUUUGGAUCCUCAAAGCUUUUCGUUACUUCGAAGUUUGGUAGGUAAUGGAUCAUCUGAAGCUCGAGAAAGGGCUAGUCGACUUCUUAGGUUACUCAUCAAAUGUUGCUCUAAUCCUACAAACUUUUAGUGUCGAAACAGACCCAUAUAAUUAUUUAUUUCUGAAAUUAAUCAUUUUAAAAUUGUAAGUAAUCAUUUUAACGCAUUAAAUAUAUAUGGGUCAGCUCAAUAGACAUAGUCUCACUAUAAGACCAUUUUAUUUAAGAAUUUGUACAAAUUUCUCAUAGUCAUUUGUAAUCAGGGUUUAUAACCCAUUUAUAUCAUCAUCAUAACCUAAAAAAAACAAAAGAAA